CCGCGGCGCCUCGCGGUGCGGCCGGGCCGGGAGGCGGCCGGAGCCGGAGCGCGAGCGCGGCGAGCGAGACUUAAUGGCGGCGCUGGCGCCCGGGGCACCCGGGGACGCCGCCUCGGCCGCCCUGGACGAGCUGUCCCGGAACUUCACGUACGGGGCGCUGGGCUCCGGGAACGGCUCCCUGUCGGGCGCGUGGUACCGCAGGAACCAGAUUCACCUUCUUGGAGUUUUGCUGUCCAUUUUAGGAAAUUUGGUAAUCAGCAUUUCCCUAAAUAUUCAGAAAUAUUCUCAUCUUCAGUUGGCGCACCAAGAACACCCAAGGCCGUACUUCAAGAGCAUGUUGUGGUGGGCUGGCGUGGUGCUGAUGGCCGUGGGAGAGACAGGAAACUUUGCAGCCUAUGGAUUUGCCCCUAUUACUCUCAUUGCUCCAUUAGGUUGUAUGUCUGUUACAGGUAGUGCCUUUAUUUCUGUUUUGUUUCUGAAAGAAAAUUUGAGAGCCUCAGAUUUACUAGGUAUGACAUUGGCAUUUGCGGGAACAUAUUUAUUGGUGAACUUUGCUCCAAAUAUAACUCAGGCUCUCUCGGCAAGAACAGUACAGUAUUACUUUGUUGGCUGGCAGUUCCUCAUCUAUGUGAUUUUAGAAAUAUUAAUUUUCUGCAUUCUCCUAUAUUUCCAUAAAAGAAAAGGAAUGAAGCACAUUGUGAUUCUGCUAACCUUGGUGGCUCUUCUAGCCUCAUUGACAGUUAUUUCAGUAAAAGCCGUCUCAGGCAUGAUCACUUUUUCUGUGACGGAUAAAAUGCAACUGACUUAUCCCAUCUUCUAUGUCAUGUUUAUCGUCAUGAUAGCAUCUUGUGUUUUCCAAGUCAAGUUCCUGAAUCAAGCCAUGAAGCUCUAUAAUACGACAACGGUGGUGCCAGUUAACCAUAUUUUCUUUACAACCAGUGCCAUUAUUGCAGGUAUCAUAUUUUACCAGGAAUUCCUUGGGGCAGCUUUUCUCACUAUAUUUAUAUAUCUUUUUGGGUGUUUUCUGUCAUUCCUUGGUGUGUUUUUGGUCACAAGAAAUCGAGAAAAAGAACAUCUGCCACAGUCUUACAUUGAUUUUGGAAAUAUUCCUGGGAAACAAAUGUUGGACAAAAUACAACCAGAUUCAAAUGGCUUAUCCUAUGGAACUUUGCCUGAUGGAAGUGACUCAACAAAGAGCCAAAGUGGAGAGAAGAAAGAGGUCUAAAAUGCAGAGGGGGAUGGCUGUUGGCCUGUUAUUCGAUACCACCUUUUUAAAAAAUUGCACAUGUUCAAUUUGUGUCAGCAGCUAUUUUAUGCUGACAUGUGCUCGCGUUAGUUUCAGUCAUUUACCCCACCUCCAUUUCUAUGGACAAUCAGGGCCUUCCUAAGCUUUGACAGUCUAAUGUUUUCAUGGAAUAUAAUUUGAAGUGUUCCCCACACCCCAGACAUCUCCCUGGUGAUCAUGUAACUGGCUAGAUCUUAAUUAGAGCCUGGCUCCCCAGGCAGGAAUGUCACACAAAAAUGUGCGUUCACGAUUUGGCUAGAGAACACGUAGGUUGCUUUUCCCACACAGCUUGUAGUAUCAGUUGCUUUGCUUUAAAAAGAAACACUUUAGCCCCACAACCUCACUCCUGAACCAAAGGUUUGAGAGCAUUCAUUUUUCCUAAAUUAGAAUGGUGAAUCAUCUCUUCAGAAAACUAGUCCUAUUUGAACCAUCCUUUGAAAAUAUUAGAAUUUUAAAGAAUGGCCUUCCUUGAUAGAGUAUACCAAAACUAAAAAACCUUGGCUGGUGGACUUUUUAAGCUUAAGAAAGGAAAAACUUAAGAAUGAGGACCAAUUUCUUUUAAUAAAAAUAUCGAAUGAUAAUGUCUUCUUUAGCUGUAUGAUCCAUUAUGCUUUAAUUGAAAGUGAAGAAAAACCUCAUAUCCUAUGCUUUUAUUUGUUUAGAUAUUAUAAUUUAUCACAUGGGUUUAUAUGUUUUAAUUCUCAGCACAUGUCAAGAAUCAUAUUUGAAUUCUUAGUGAUAUUUUCAGUAACACACCAUUUCUUCUUCAAGUCGUUAUUUCAAGAUUUGUACAUUCUUCUAGGUAAAAGGACCAUUAUGAUUAAAGAACUGGAUUUCAGGCAUUUAAAUCUGUAGAUGCAGAACACAGCCAGGUGGUCCAACUUGAGUCUAGGGAGGAAGCCCAGUGCUCCUGUACCCUGAAUGGCUUUUCUGCUGCCAUUAGUCACAAAUCUACUAAGAUACAGGCAGAGUCCAUAAUCAUAUCUGUUACUUAUGAUCUACUUAAUAUUUAAAUGAGAAGAAAAGAGCUAGCCUUCAUUGUAACCAACAUCAAAUAAUAAGCCCUAUCCUUAAUGACAUUUCAGAACUUUCAGAUCACUCCCAACAUGUCAGCCCAAUAAUGUUUCAGCCAGUUGUCUUGCAUUUGUGUGGUUGUUUAACUCAGAGCUGUUGAGACUGUCAUCCUAACUGCUUUGGGUCUUUUUAUUCUGUUCUUUGUCAUAACCUGCACUCCUAACCGGACCAACCAAACCUGGCCAUAAGGUGAGAUUUGAAUUCAUCACCAGUCUUUGAAUAAUAACCUGGAGCCCAUGUCUGGCUUUUAAACUCCUGGUAACAAUUCUUGCCAUUGUGGAAAGUGUCCCAUUAAUUCAAAUAAAACAGUCAUAUAAUUUA